GCAGUAGACCAGGCGAGCGACCUUCUAUUUUCGGGGGUGGUCCCUGCCGCGCCCAGAGCUUUGCGAAGCUUGAAAAGUUGCGUUGACUAAUUCUUGCGACAGGAUGCAAGCGGCGGGCCUUCGUGGCAAGCGCGGCGGCAAGGCGCAGGCGGACAAAGAAAAUCUGCAGCCUGCGACGCAGGUCCAGGCGGGAAGAAAGCAAAAGCGAACCAGUGAAGAGCCCUCUAAGCAGCAAGCUCAGGAUGUGGUGCAGACACAGCCGACAAAGAAGCAGCGGGCGACGAGAAAGAGCGCACCAGAGAGCAUAGUGCGACCGCACGCCACCGAGGACGCGACGCCGGUCGCGCCUGUCCGGCAGUACAACCUGCGGUCCAGGAGCUCGCUUCCGGCCGCAGGUGCUCGCUUGAUUGACAGCUCGCUGCCCACUCGUGGCAUUCCCAGCUCGGUGCGGCCGCGGGCGGCCGACCAAAAGGCCACGUUCGGCGAGCUGCCCGGCGAGGUGCUCAAGGUCAUCUGCCAGAAGCUGGACCCUGCCAGCGUGCUGGCGGCACGCUGCGUGGGGCCUGCCCUGCGUGAGGCCUGCAGCGUGGCGGAGGCGGAGCUGCGCAUUACGAUGCCCAUGCAGGCCAUGGAGUGGAUCCCGGCGCAGCUCAAGGCGUGGGAGCGGCGCAUCCGCGGGCUGGCGCAGCUGCUGGCGGAGGGCCGCAUGACGGCGCACAGCCUGGCCCUGCGCAUGGAGGGCGCCGAGGCCUGGCGGGACGCCGAGUACAUGCUGCCCGCUCAGGUGGAGGCGGCGGCCGGCAAGCUGAUGACGCUGUUCGAGCGGGAGCUGCCGGCGCUGAGGCGCAUUGGCGCCUCGCCCAUCACCGCCGCAGAGGUCGAGCUGCCCAUCACCUUCGAGGUGCUGGCCGGCCUGGCGGCCGCGUUCGGCCCGGCGCUGGACAGCCUGCGCCUGACCAGCCUGGUGCCGGCGCCGCACAACCACGCCGUGCUGCUGGCCGAGGCGCCGGCGUUCCGGCGGCUGCGCAAGCUGGACAUCGGCGUGACGGCGUGGGACCAGGUGCAACACCUCAACAGCCUGCGCGAGCUUAAAGACCUCAACAUCCGCUACAAGCUAUGGAACAUUCCGGAGCUGUCAUCGCUGAGCUCGCUUCAACAGCUCGAGACGUUCGGGCUGCAGGUGGAGGACGACCGCGCGCGCUUCCAACUGGACUUCUUGGGCCCGCUGGUCAAGAACCACCAGUCGCUGCGGCACGUCAAGGCCUCCGUGAUCCUGUCUCGCACCGCGGUGGGCGAGGCCACCCCCGCCUCGCUGGAGUUCCUGGAGGGCUGCUCGCUGCACCGCCUGGACCUGGACCUGCGCGUGCCGCAGGACGCCGCGCGCAGCGUGCACGCGCACUUCCGCGACCUGCACCGCACACCUUGGUGGUGCAAGCUGAACGUGACCAUCCGCGCGGACGCGCUCACGCGCGAGGCCUGCUACGACUCCUCCGCCUCCGCCACAGGGCCCAUCCCUGGCCCGCGGCUGGGCUGCGCGCUGGCCGCCGGACCCCUGGACCCCAAGGAGCGGCUGGAGCGCUGGGGCUGCCUCAACCUGCCGGUGGACGAGCACCCCGAGGACGCACUGACGCUGCACCUACGAGGCUACCGGCGGCGGCUGGCGGUGCUGCCCGACCUGAGCGCAGCCAACCUGACGCGCCUGUCGGUCAGCAACGCCACCCUCAGCGCCGCCGAUUUCGCGAUGCUGGGCGAGUGCCGCUGCCUGCAGCACCUGUGGCUGCGCUUCUCCUACCUCCCGGACAACGCCGCCGCCGCCACCCCUUCCGGCAGCGGCUCCGGCGCCGGCAGCAACCCAGUGGCCGCCGACCCCGCCACUAGCACCUCGGCCCACUGCCGCGCCAUUGUUGCCGCGGCGCAGCAGCCGUGGCCGCUUGACUACAUCCCCGGGCGCGCCGCGCGCCGGGCCUCGGACGCGCCGGACGGCCCCGCCGCCGGCACACGCGCGCGCAAGUCGCUGGGGAGCACGGGAGGGCCGGCGGCAGCUGGAGCCGCCGCAGGCGGCGCAGCGGGGGCCGCGGCAGCGGCCCCUGCCCGGCGCCGCAGCAGCAGCGCCGCAGGCGCCGCGUUGGGUGCCGGUGGGCAGGACUGCUCCGAGUCGGUGGCGCCGUACGUGCUGCGGCCGCUGCUGCAGCUGCGCAUGCUUGAGAGCCUGGAGGUUGUGGAGGAGCCCGCGCCGCCGCCCGAGCAGCCGGUGCUGCCGUCGCUGCCGCCGGAGCAGCCCCGCGCGCGCGGGCGGCCCCUGCGCGCCGCCGGCUCUGCGGCAGCCCUGCCGCCGCCGCCGUCCUCCGCCGCUGCUGCGGGCAGCUCACGGCAGCAACAGCGGCCAGCUGCAGCGGCGGUGCAGCUGCCACCGUCAUUGCCGGCUGCGCAGCAGCCGCAGCGCAUGCCGCUCAGUCGGGCCGGUCUGCGCCACUUCUUGUCGCAGCUGAACAAGAUGGAUGAGUUGCGGGGCACGGGCGGCGCGCUGUCGCUCACGCUGCUGUCCGAAGAGGCGGCCCUGCCCGACUGCCCGUGCGCGGGCCGGCAGUGCCUCAACGGCGAGGGACGGCGCCGGCGCCGGCCGCCGCCGCUGGAGCCUGAGGCAAUCGUGGGCCUGCUGUCGGCGGUGGGCUGCUGCCGCGUGGCGCUGGGUGAGCAGGUGGUGACGGGCCCCGACUGGCGCCGCCCCAGCGCCUGGCCGACGAUGGAGUAGAGGUGCCGCGGAGCGGCCCAUGCUGCGAACGCUCAUGGUGGGAUGCUGUUGGUGUGGCCCCGGCGGCGAGGAGUGCGCGUGCGGCUGAUUGCGGUUGGGGCUGGCCGGGGCUGCGGAUGCGGGUGAGCGACAGCCAAGCCUGCAGCUAUGGCGGGCAUGGCAGCUCAGCCAGCAGCGCUCCUGCGGGUUCAAGGUUGGCUGGAUGCCAGCCAGCCUGCAUGGUGCAGAGCUGUGUGUGUGUGUGUGUGUGUGUGUGCUUGCGUGUGUGUUUGCGUGUGUGUAUUAUGUUUGGGACGCGCGUGUGCUUGGUGUGGCUCUGUGUUGGCAAAUUACAUGGAGCCUGUUUGGUGAGCUUGACUAGGCAAAGUGAACAAGUUGCAGGAGGCAGGCGGGUGACAGUCCUCGCCGGGCGUUUGUUGGGGCAACUGGUUAUGGGAUAGAGCUCUCAUGCUGCGGGGUGCUGCAGUGCGACUAGGUUGUGUUAGCUUUACACCGUGGGUAAAUGUGGUAGGUGUAGACAGGUAACGGCUCAGGUGCGUUUUGAACGUGUCGUGCAUGUGGCGACCAGCCAUGUUCUGGUCCAAGGACGUUUCAGGUUUUGGACGUGUGGUGUGUGCGGGCAUCUGACGUGCGGUAGCCAACCCCAUGGGGUGACAUGGCGUGGUGACAAGUGGCCCCCGGUACAAUCUUGCUUGGGCGCGACGGCGGCGGACGUAGGGGUGGCGCUGUAGCAGCUGUGAUGGAUGACGCAAUCGGGCAGGUGGUCUCGGGCCGGCGUAAGCAAGACUGUUUACAUCAGUGUUGCUGACCACGCCUGCUGCAACGGUGGAGGACGAACAACGGGCUGUGCGAGAACAGCACGGGCACCAUGGCGCGGUGUGUUGGGAUCAUACCGUGCUACCAACAAUCUUGCGCUCAACCUGCAGGUUGCGACUUGUCAAGGGACGGACGGGCGGCUUGAAUGUUGGAGGUGAUAGGAGCCUCAGCAGUACCGGUAGUAUGCUUUGCUUCUGCUUAUUACUGCAUAACAUGCAUACUUGAGCCUCGUGGUGCUGCGUUUGGCCCCUAGUUUGCUUGUGGGCCGCCAUGCCGUUCUCCUCUGUGUCGGGGCGCGGUGGCCCCAUCCCGGGUGAGACCGGAUUGCCCACAGAGGGACGGCAACCAUUAGAUGCAGUUGCUGAGACUGUAUGUCACAUAAGUUUCAGCCAUAAACAGAUAUUUACGUGUGUGCCCCGCUGACCCGCGCGCGACGCGAGCAGUUGAACAAUUGCGACGCCCUCUAGCCACUGGAACCACAUUGUAAUAUUGCUUGAUG